AACAACCCUCUAAAGCUUGCCUGAGCGCAACAAUUGACAUUCUCUUGUGUCAUAACCUGACUGCUGGUUGUCUCGGCAGCUGAACUGUUCGCUCCGGUCUCCUUUUUCACUCUCUUCACUGAACUGCACGCCUGUCACGCGCCGAGAGAAAGCAUAUCAUGUCUUCAACCUCAAAGUUUCUCCGUGAAUACAAGCUGGUGGUUGUUGGUGGAGGAGGUGUUGGCAAAUCAUGCUUGACCAUCCAGCUAAUCCAGAGCCACUUCAUUGACGAAUAUGACCCGACAAUUGAAGAUUCAUACCGCAAGCAAUGUGUCAUUGAUGAUGAGGUCGCGUUAUUAGACGUCCUCGAUACCGCGGGCCAAGAGGAGUAUUCGGCAAUGAGAGAACAGUACAUGCGAACCGGCGAAGGGUUCCUGCUGGUCUACUCGAUUACCUCCAGGCAGUCAUUUGAAGAAAUAAUGACCUACCAGCAACAAAUACUUCGCGUCAAGGACAAGGACUAUUUCCCUAUGAUUGUCGUCGGCAACAAGUGUGAUCUAGAAAAGGAGCGCAUCGUUUCCAAACAAGAGGGCGAAGCACUGGCGCGCGAAUUCGGCUGCAAGUUCAUCGAGACCUCCGCAAAAUCCCGUACCAACGUUGAAGAUGCCUUCUAUGAUAUCGUUCGCGAAAUCCGACGCUACAACAAGGAAAUGUCAUCAUACUCCUCUGGAGGUGGUGGCUACGGCUCCCGAUCUCCAGAAGGCAAAAUGGAAGUGGACGAUCGCGGUGAGAGCAGCGGUUGCUGUGGAAAAUGCGUUAUCAUGUAAAUGAAAAUUCACAGGCGAAGAAAAAAAAGGAAUAAAAAGAAAAGAAGAGAAGAGAAGUUUCAACCGCGGAACUGCUUUCACGACGAUAGAAACAUGACCGGAGCCGGCCCUUGCGAUUCUUUUUCAAAUGAACGAGGAUGUCAUGACUGAGAUUCACGCUUUUAAGGUCCUUGCAGUACGUGCAGUCGCCCUCCAACCGCUCUCUGCACUAGCUGGAAUUCCGUGAUGCUUUGGUGCCGAGACUACCUGCAACCGGUCGAAGGACUUUUCUUUCCACUCAAUACUUUGCUACGUCUGUUUUGUUUUUCUUUUUUCCCCUUCAGGCUAUUCGAUUUUCAUUUGUGAUACCUGGCUACAAUUCCCUGGAUUUGUGGAACCUUCAUACUCAGAGAUAUCGUUCGCUGGUCUGUGCUUAUUUUUCCAAGGAUCUCCUUCUAUUCUACAUAUUAACAACUCCUUUUAAUCUCAUGUCCUACCCCUUUCCCCUCCCAAUGUCCUCCUUUCUUCUGCCCUUUUUAUUUUCUCUUUUUAUUUCUUCCAAUUCCUGCAUUUACUCCCUUUUUCGCUGUGAGUAUUAUUCCCCUUUUAUAUCCGACUUGUCCUUUCCUUCCACACACACUCACGAUCAUUUUAAUCAGUUGAUUUAUUUUCGCCGGGAUCUUCUACCUCGUUUUUGAAGCCUCGCUGCAACUUCUGGGCUGGCAGGGUUCUUGACGUAUGUGGGAUAUUCCUCUGCCGGCUGCCAUGCCUUCUGGUAAAGCACAUUUACUUGUCUCUCUACUAUUUUACUCAUUAUGUGAAAAUACUGUGCACGGAAUCGAGUUGGAAAAAACGGUCCCAAUGUAAAAUGUACUUCUUGCAGCGAUUCUAACUCUAUUAGUUCUUGUCCAUUUUGCGUCUCAAAUGUCUCUUUGCCUCCGCUUGGUUUCCUUCGCCUGUGAUUUGUGCUGAGGGCUUUUCGUGUUCGAAUGGAAUUGAUCGUGAACUACGGAGGAUCUCCCUGCGUUUCAGCAGCAGCCUACAACCCCCCAGUUCCAACCCAGCAAACCCGUCUAGUACUAGAGAAU